CCGUGGAGUACGGUGGCCUGGAGUGGGCAGCUGUGGGCACGAGUGGCCGGGCGAUGGCUGCGUGGCCCGGCCGGAUGGCAGCCAGUUUUCAGAAGUAACUUUCUUUUGGGAACCGGACAGUCCAGGGAUGUGGGAGGAACACAGUGCUCUUCAGUAGGUGGUGUCUCCUGAUGCAGAUGUGCUGAAGAAGCUCCUAACCCUUGGCUGUGUUACCGGCUUCACUGAGGAAACAUCUUAGAGAUCCAUUGUAAUUCUAAGUCUUCAAUAUUUACUCCUGUGGCUGUUGACUCUCUUAUGAGAUACAUUUUGGAUAUCAAAAUGGAAGUGGUUCAAGAAAUUUUGGAUCAAUUAUACAGGAAAGUACUUCUUGGAACCACUCUUGAAGAUGACGUCCAUGGUUACGUCUUCUAUCUCAACCCAGAUCUCUCAGAACAAGAUGGCUGUCCAACCUUCCCUGUAGCUCAGUCUAAUGCCAGUGGUGUGCUGGAUGGCAUGGCAGGCCAGCAUGGGCCAUCCUCCCAUGAGGUGGCCAUCCUUUCUGGAGCACAGGAGUGUCCUAAGACACAGCUUCAGAUGGACGGGGCCUGGGAGGUGAAGCUCCUUCAGUUAACAGUGAUUGACAUGAUGCUGAGCCGGGCACUGUCUGAUGAAACGGAGACCCAUGCAAAGGAGGGGUACAGAGAGAUAACUGAAGUCCUUUUGCAGUCUGUUGAACUUGAUUCCAAAUUGAUGUGCAUGCUCCAGAAUUCUGACAAGUUGUUGUCCCACAUGGCUGCGAAGUGCCUCGCCUCACUACUGUAUUUCCAGCUGAGAGAGAAGAAAAUGUUAAAUAAUUCCUGGGUCACUUUCUGCCAGAAGCAUCUCUCCGAGUCCUCUGAGAGUGGCGAAGCAGUGCGUUGCCUCUGGAUCCUUACAGCUGUGAUAAAGGAGAUCCUUAAAGACACACAUUCACAGAGAGCAGAAAGUCUAAAGCAGCUCUUGACUCCUUUUGACAUUACUUUUGAAGUGUUCUACAAUUCCUUAUUUUCUCAGCAUUUUGGAGACUUCCAGAGCCCCUCUAACAUAGCCAGCAGCCUGAUGUGCUUUCUGGAGCUGCUUGAGCUUCUCGUAGCCUCCAGAAUCCACCUGAAACUGCACUUCAGGAGCCAGAGGAUGCUAUUUUUGAAACCCCAUGCUCUAGAUAUUCUUGCCUGCCCUAUUCCAGCUUUUAUAAAAAGGAAGUUGGUUAUACUCAUCAAAAAGUGCCUUCUCUGUAAAGUGGGCGAAGACCUCUGCCGGGAACCUGCACCCUCCCUGAUGUCACCAGAUCAUCUUCUGGACAGUGACAUGCUCACUUUAGCUGACGCACUUCUGCACGCUAUACAUGUGGGAUUGUGGAAGGCACUGGCUGUUUCUGGAAAGCCUUCCUGCUUUGGAGGGGAUGAAGUUCAACCUGGAUGCAGACUCAGGACUGGUCCUGAUCACGUGACCCUGAGAGCAGCAAGCUUAAUUACAGUGAAGUCCUUAGAAAUCAAGUCCCAGAAUUGUACCUCAGCAGCUGAGAUGAAAGUUGCCUUGCAGACGUUCAUGUCCGAGCUACUGGACUUCUUAAAGCCUCACCUCCAGCCCUCUCUGCAGCCACACAACCCAUGCGAGUGGCUGUCCAGGGUCUUCAUAGAGCAGGACGAUGACAUGCUGGAGGCUGCCAAAGCCUCCCUGAGCAUCUACCUCCAGCUGACCAGAGAGUGGGAUGCUUCUGCAAGUCUGACCCAAGAAAAGGAAGCGUGGAUCCGCUCCACACAUGGACACGGCUGUAACCCUCACUGUGUUUUCUUAUUCUUCUUAAAAAAUGUAGCGUUCGAUUCUACCGUUCUUCUCGACUUCUUGAUAUCCUCAGAAACCUGUUUCCUUGAAUAUUUUGUUAAAUAUUUAAAACUGCUACAGAAAGACUGGGACCACUUUCUGUCCAUCUGCAAGUUCUUUGCUGCAGUGGAAUCACAAUGUGGAGUGCUUGUUCAUGAUCCUGUCCCCUCACCUGCCCGUGGCAGAAGCACCAGCCACACAGUGCCUCAUGCUCCAGCUUCUCCAAUUGGAGAGAACACUUGCCCCUGGCUCCCCUGGGCUUCUGAUGCCUCCUCCGAAUCCCAGAGCCAGGUCAUGAUGCCCAAGGAAACUCACCCAGGGCCAGCUAAUGGCCCACCUUCCCGGACACCACAGAGUCUGGUAGAUUAUGACAGCUCUGAAGCUUCUGAGGAGGAAACCACAAGUGAGCAUUUAGCAAACAGCAAGCAGACAUCUUUAUGUCAAGAAAGGUCUGAGGAGAUCCAGGGCCUGCCUAGGACAUGGAGGGAGCAAAAGGAACAUAGCCUGGAGCCUCAGUCGAGGCCUUUGCUCUCUGCAGAGUCCAGUUCUCCCUUCUCUGCCAAGGGUGGAGUUGCUCCAGACGGGACUGUCUGGGAAGUGGGAUUGUUUCUUCGUACAGUGAAAUGCCUUGAGGAGCUACACGGAGCAAUUUACCGUUUGCAGGAGAAAAAUCUCUUUCCAUAUAACCCAGCGGCACUUCUGAAGUUGUUGAAAGGUGUGGAGGCCAAGUGUGUUAACAUGUGAGCCCUGGGUAGCACAGCAGCAUCUGUCCGCGGCUUUGUUCUCCUUGAUAGAAGGCAUGUAUCUAAGAUAAAUAAAAACAAGCAGGAACUGCAGACAUGGGUGUCUGCAUCUUUGCCUUACGGAGCAGAGUACUGUUUGAGAAAGGACUGUCCCGGGGCAGGUCAACUGGCCCAGCUUGCUACAGCCGAGAGCUUAUGCUAGCUCAAACUACACGGAAUUCGCCAUGACAAAUGACUGCAUAGUCUGUAGCCCAAACUAAGUAAGAUUUAUCUUCUGAGCUCAAGAGGCCAGAAGCUUAAAAUCAAGAUGUGCAGUGUAAUGUCCUGGGACACUGCACAUCUUAUCCAUGAUGCAUCUCCAUCUCUCCAUGAUGCAUCGUUUGCUACCAUGGUUAUUUUCUCUUUUGUUUUGAGCAUAGCUUUCCAGCUGGAGUAACAUUGUCUCGUUGUAGCUUUGAUUUGCCCUGCCCUGAUCGGAGACACCUGAGACUCAUCCUUGUCCAAAGAUCCAGUUUCAAGUUGAGGAAGAAACCCUGUCUUAAGGCAGAAAAGCCUAGUCAAAUAGAAGUGUGGAUGUCAAAACGGUUAGGGAGACAUGUUGGUGAGGCUGUGUGUUCGCAGUGUGUACUUGAAUUUUUAAACUUGAUUUGUCUUAGUCACAGGCCUUGCAAUGUCGAGGAAAGCUUUGGACUGCAGGGCUUGGUAGCCGUUCCUGCUUCCUUUCUCUUUUCCGUUGGCUUGUUCUCAAACUCCUGUGUGCAGCCCUCUUGCCUCAGCUUCCCCUUGGCAGCUCACUACUAUCUGUAAUGCCUCUGGGGAGUUGACACCUUUACAGAUAUUCAUGCAGGUAAAACACCAAUGUACUGAGAUAGAAAUAAAUAAAAAUGUAAAACAAGGAGUGUACGUUGUAAAAGACAAGACUAGACAUUUCACUGGACUAUUACAGACCUGUAAAGAAGAAUGCAUUGUGUCCAUGCUGUGGAUAUGAAACUUCUCCACCCAAAACCGAAAAGAAAAUACUGGGCUUCCAUUUGUUUAAGAAAAGU